AUGCAAUAUUCCUCGUCAGAGUCUGCGGCGCACCGUUGCUUACCAGUCAGCGAGAUCUUCGAGCUCAUUGCCGACUCGCUAGACCCCAAGUCGCGGCGCCGUACACUGGCAGCGCUUGCGCAGACGUGCAAGACGUUGUACGAAGCGUCCGUACCUGUGCUUUGGAAAUCGCAAUGGGGCCUCGUGAGGCUGUUGCGGCUUCUUCCUUCUGGCACAUGGUCCGAAGUUCGUGUUGAAGGCCGAAGCACUCUCACAAUCAUCAAACCCAACGAACUCGAGUUGACGAGAUUCCGUCACUACGCCCACCACGUUCGGACGCUGUGCUGGAACGGGGAUCAAGAUGAUGUCUCGCUCGACACCCUGUCGGUGCUGGAGUCCGUCCGCGGCGCCGCGGGCCAGCCGCUUUUCCCGAAGCUCGACGAACUGCAGUGGUAUGAGCCUCGCGCAGAAUAUUUCCCCUUCAUCCGCCUCUUCCUCACGCCGACCAUUCGAACCAUGGGUCUAGCACUGCCCGCCGAUUUUGAUGUGCCCAUCAUGGUGGAGGCCCUCAACCACGUAGGGAAGACGUGCAAGAACGUGGAGUGCCUUCAAGUCGUCACGAAUGAAGAGGAAAACCAGGGUUGCAGGGACUGCACGGGCGACCUAGGCGACGCUCUCGCGGAGUCCCUCGAAGGCAUGAGAAAUCUCACGAACUUCGCCGCGGAGAUGCUCUUGUCGGCGAAUUGCAUGGCGGCGCUGGCACAGCUUCCUGGGCUGUCGGUCCUGCAAAUCGUCGUUAGGAAUGCAGAGGUGGACGUGUUCGCUGUUUCGACAUGCUUGCGCGAAGGCCCAUAUUUUCCUGCACUCAGUCUACUGGCAAUCAACGUGGAUGGACUCGACGGGAGCACGGAGACUAUCCUACAGGCCAUACAAAGCGAGGACCUGCAAACGGUGUCACUGCACGCCACAUGUCAACCUGAGGCCUCGGCAAUAAGGCAACACCUAGAAGUCAUCGCGGCCUCCCCGUACCGCGACGCUCUAAUCUCCUUGCGACUUGGGUUCGAUAUUCCCUUCUCCCGGGACGGCGGGCCCUAUCCCGCGUCUGACGUCGGACAUGCGCUCCAGCCGCUGUACGCCCUUCCCCAAAUCGACACCUUCACCAUCCAAGGUCACAAACUCAUCGUCGACACGAACACACUCCGGGAUAUCGCGACCGCCUGGCGUAAGCUCGAGAUCCUCUCCAUAAUCGAUAUGAGCGACCAGCUGCACCCCGACAGUGGAGCGCACGUACCCCUCGAUGCUCUCAUACCGGUCGCGCGCGGCUGUCCAUCCUUGUACCUCCUAGAGCUCCACGUGAAUACGUUUGUGGUGCCAGAAGAGGCGACGGUUGCACGGCUACUCCCGCAGCCGUCACAGUCUACGCUGCAGUACCUCAGCCUAUACAACGCGCCGAUCACUACGCAGCCGUCCCCAUUGAUGACAUUUCUGAUACGAUUGUUCCCCGAGCUGCGCGAGGUAGAGCACCAUGAGACAAGGACGUGA